CUUUUGGAGGACCAAAACCCUCUCUCCCCAAAAACCCAAACCCUUGGCGGCUGCGAGACCCGUUGUGUGUUGUGUUGUGUUUAGUUCUCUCUCUUUUCUUCUCUUUCCCUCUCUUCUCUCUCUCUCUCUAUCCUUUUCUCUCUCUCUGUUUCACUCUCUUUAGGGUUUCUCGACUCUUCGAUUUUGGGGCUUAAACCCUCGAUUUCGAUUUGGAUUUAAGGCUUCCGAUUUUCGCUUCUGUGUCCCAAGGAGCACCAGAUCUCGUGCUUGAUUUGACAUGGCUACCGUUGCUAAUCCCGCGGAUCAAGCAACUGAUUUGCUGCAGAAGCUAACGCUAGAAACUCAGCCUAAGGCCUUGGAGAUGCCUGAACCCACCAAGAAGGCCACUGGGAAUCAGUAUGGAUCAGUUGAUUCAGGAAAUGCUGCAAAUGGCCAGAUCCCGUCGUACGAUCGGUCUGUGACCCCAGUGUUACAAGAUUUCAUUGAUCCUACUGUGUGUUACCUCCCAAAUGGUUAUCCGUCUACUGCAUAUUAUUAUGGUGGUUAUGACGGAACUGGUAACGAGUGGGAUGAUUAUUCUAGAUAUGUGAAUUCGGAAGGAGUUGAGAUGACUUCGGGAGUUUAUGGGGAUAACGGGUCUCUAGUUUAUCACCAUGGGUAUGGAUAUGCUCCCUAUGGCCCCUAUUCGCCAGCAGGGUCUCCAGUUCCAACCAUGGGUAAUGAUGGUCAGUUGUACGGGCCUCAACAUUAUCAGUAUCCUCCCUAUUUUCAACCGUUAACACCAACAAGUGCGCCAUUCACACCUACUCCUGCUGUCCUUCCUCAGGGUGAGGUUUCGACCUCAGUUGGUGCCGAUCAAAAGACUCUCCCUGUCGAAGCAGCCAAUGGAAAUUCUAAUGGUGUAGCAAACGGUGGCAAUGCUAAAGGUAAUAAUUCUGUUGCUCCUGUUAAACAGGCCAAUCAGAAUUCAUCUUAUAGUUCCAAAGCUUCAAAUGAAAGGGUUCCUAUGCCAGGUCGUGGUCCAACUUCAGGUUAUCAAGAUCCAAGAUUUGGUUUUGAUGGAGUACGAUCACCAAUCCCAUGGCUAGACGCCCCACUAUUUUCAGAUGGGCAGCCAAGGCCUGUGAGUAGCUCAGCCAUCACUCCCACAAUAUCAGGUGGCAACAACAAUGCUUCAAGGAACCAGACUUUUCGUCCUAAUUCUCAAUUUAUGGGCUUGCACCAUCCGAGACCAAUGCCUGCCAUGGGUGCCACCCAUAACUUCAUAAAUAGGAUGUAUCCAAACAAGUUAUAUGGUCAAUACGGGAGCACUGUCAGAUCUGGAAUGGGUUAUGGAACACAUGGGUAUGAUACCCGCACUAAUGGAAGGGCUUGGUUAGCUGUUGACAGUAAGUACAAAACCAGGGGAAGAAGUGGUGGUUACUUUGGCUAUGGCAAUGAGAAUGUAGAUGGUUUGAAUGAACUAAACAGAGGACCUAGGGCUAAAGGUGGUAAGAACCAGAAGGGUUUUGCACCAACUGUUCUAGCAGUGAAAGGCCAGAAUUUACCAGCAACUCUAAGUACAGAUGAGGAGAAAGACAAAACUAGCACUGUUCCUGACAGAGAUCAAUACAACAAAGCUGAUUUUCCAGAGGAAUAUGCCGAUGCCAAAUUUUUUGUCAUCAAGUCUUACAGCGAGGAUGAUAUUCACAAGAGCAUAAAAUACAACGUGUGGGCCAGUACACAAAAUGGCAACAAAAAGCUUGAUGCUGCAUACCAGGAGGCACAGCAGAAACCUGGUGGCUGCCCUGUAUUCCUAUUCUUCUCAGUUAAUACCAGUGGCCAAUUCGUGGGGCUUGCUGAAAUGAUUGGUCCUGUUGAUUUUAAUAAGAGUGUUGAGUAUUGGCAGCAAGACAAGUGGAAUGGUUGUUUUCCUUUAAAGUGGCACAUUGUUAAGGAUGUACCUAACAAUUUGUUGAGGCACAUUACGCUGGACAACAAUGAGAACAAACCUGUCACAAACAGUCGGGAUACCCAAGAGGUAAUGUUGGAGCCUGGGUUGAAAUUAAUCAAAAUCUUCAAGGAAUAUACCAGCAAGACAUGCAUUCUGGAUGAUUUUGGGUUUUAUGAGGCCCGUCAGAAGACUAUUUUGGAGAAGAAAGCAAAGCAACAAUACCCAAAGCAGGUGUGGGAAGGGAAACCUACAGAUGAGAAGGUUGAGGUAAAUGGUGAAGUUACUAUUCAAAAGUCUGAAUCAGAGUUGCUGAAGGAGUCUAACCUUGCUGAAAAGGAUGGCGAAGAGCCGAAAGUUGCCGAGAAUGGAUCUAUUUCAAAAACUGGAGAGGCCCCAAAGGGUGCUAAACCAGUUGUUUCUGAGGGUAAGGUUGCGUUAGGCAGCAAUGGGAUUGCUAAUGGUUGCUAAGGUCAAGUGUAUGAAGAAGGCGGGUCCAAUUCUCAAAUAUUGGUUCUUAGGAAUAUAUGUCUCGGCUACUGGGUUCCGCCUGUUUUGAUCUGUCCUGCCUUCUCUUGCAGUCUGAAUAUAGUGAUUGGUUGCCUAGUGAAGAUAAAGAUCUGUAUAUUGAGAUUGGCUGGGCGGAGUUAGUUCAUAGAAUUCUAGCACCAAUCCCUUCUCAUUGGGUUUUGUUUACAGUGGUUAGCUCCUAACAGUCUUUACUCCUAGGGUUUUUGGGUUUUUAGGGUUUCUGCUUAAGAUGCUUAUAUCUUUUUGGUUUUUGUUCGGGCUUUUAUCUUUCUCUCUUUGCCUUUUUCUCCUUUCUUUCUUUUACUUGGUUGGUGGUUUCCUGUCUUGUAAAUUUAGAUCUACUUUGUUGCAGAGCAGCUUUCUUUGUUUCUUUCAACAGGGGUAGAAGCAAGGUGGGAAAUACUGAAAUAUAGUUGGUUUUUAUGCUUUUUUAAGUUUUUCGUCUUAAUUUAGUCUGUUUAUUUUCUAUCCGAUGAUUGACAUGGGCAUACUGGAGAAAGAAUUAUAUUUGUGGACAAUCUUUUAUGUAAUAGUGUUUUCUGUCUUGUGAAGAUCACAUAUUGUUUACUUCAUUUA